AUGUCCUCGUCGACAACACCUCUCUACGCUGUGGCCGACUUCUGCCUCAUCCCCAUGGGCACACCGACAACAUCAGUGGGCGAAUACAUUACAGAAUGCCAGCGAGUGCUUGAAAGCAUGAAGGAUGAGGGCAUCCGCUACGAGGUCCACGGCUACGGCACCAACCUCGAAGGCACCUUCCCCACCGUCUGCAAGGCGAUCGAGCUCUGUCACGAGGCCGUCCAUCGUCUCGGUGCUCAACGCAUCGCUACCGACAUUCGCAUUGGCACACGAACAGACAAGCCACCUCCCACUGCAGAUGGGCAGACCGAAAACCAGCGCAAGAAGCAGAGCGUCGUUCAGCGCCUCGGUCAAGAUUGA